AUGUGUUGGGAGGCUGCAAGGACAAGAAUUCCUCCGACUAGGGAGAGGCGUUUGACCCAAAGACGCAACUUGGGCUGCCCUGCCAGUCAUGGAGGAGGAGGAGGAGGAGGAGGAUCAAUGAAAACACCACGGCCUACAAUGAGUUUGAUACAUGACAGUGUGGUGAUAGAGGACAAGGUUUACGUGGUGGAUUCAUGGAACAAAAGCUUCUUCUACUCUCCGAAACAAUGUAAAUGGGGUAGAGGGAAUCAUGAUUCAAAGCCUAAGAAUAAAAGGGAUUGGUGUAUGAUUGAUAACUUGUUAUACAGUUGUGGUCAGGGCGGGUGUAAAUAUUUGUGUGAGCCACAUGAAUUGGAUAGGUGUGAUGCAGAGGGGAUGAAUUGGACGGGAGUGAGAAGUUUUGAUUUGCAGCGUCUCAAGUACAGGUUCUAUCAUUCGAGGGUGGUCCACUUUGGUGGGAAGAUGUCAAGAGUGUGGCAAAGCGCUCAAGAUUUACUUCUCGGUGCCAAAUUGACCAACUUUGCGCUGAAUAUUGUCGUCUUCUGGAAUGUUCUCGUCGGUGGUCGUGGUCACCAAACCUUGCAGAUUUGGUGUUAUAAGAUUUCCUUGUGCAAGAGAGUCGACAACAUUUGGGGCGCAAACAACAUUUGGGGCACAGUUGAGUGCUCCAAUGUUGUCUUCACUUUCUAUUCUCUCUUGAGUAUCGCUAAGGUCUUGUAUUAUAUAUCUGUUGAUGUUUGA